UCGUUUGUUUUUUUUCAGCCAACCAACCGCCUCAAAGAAGUCAUUUGUUAAAAUAUAACAAAUACGGAUGUAGUUUUAUUUUUUAUGGAUAUAAUUACGCGCACGCGAUCUCAACGCCCUAUAAAUGUACUCGAGGCGAGCAGCGAGCUAUAGAAAUUCGUGAGGAAGACGACGAAGACGGCCGUGAGGAAGAUAUGAUCACGGUGAAGGUGAAGACGCUGACGGGGAAGGAGGUGGAGGUGCGCAUCGAGGAGACGGAGACGGUGGCGAGGAUCAAGGAGCAGAUCGAGGCGACGGAGGGGAUCCCGCCGGCGCAGCAGACGCUGAUCCACGGCGGCAGGCAGCUCGCCGACGACAUGGCCGCCGACACAUGCAACAUCCGCCAUGGCUCCGAGCUGCACCUCGUGCUUGCUCUUAGGGGCGGUGCUGCUGCUUGAAGCUAGCUCGCUCGAUCGAUCGAUUAUAUUAUUUACUGCUGCUAAAAAUAAUUGCCAGCGAAAUAAUGAUGAUAUAUACUCUUGAGCAAAAUUAAGCUGCAUGCUGCUGAGGCUGCUGCUAUGCUUCUGUUGAUAAAGAGAUUUGCCGUCGAUACUAAUUACUUCAUUUGGUUUGCAGUAAAGUGCGGUUGAUUAACAGUCUUCUACGAUAAAUUUCUGUGUCUGUA